CUAGCCUACACGAGUGUCGGUCAUAUACAAUAGCCUAUCAAACAAUUCCAUUUUGUCCGCUUCACAAAGUUUUUUUUUUUUUUCCCAGUUGUCAUAAACAGCAGGGAGAGACAAUUUGGUGUUCGCGGGUUCAUAUCAAUUCGUUUUGACAUUGCCAGGUUGUCGGGUGAAAGUAGCCUAAUUGUUAAAGACAGUGAUAAUUAAUUAAUGUAGAUAAUUACAAAUUACACCAAGUUUCUGACUAGCAUUGAACUGUUGGCUACGUAGCGUGUGUCAAUAUGAAAUCUCCCGAUCGGGUCGUUUAACUGUAUUUCCUUGGUUGUCAGUAGACCCUGCCCUCCAUAUUUAUCACACUAUUGACGUGUUGUUAGCAAAUGGGAGCAGAAGGGCUGAUCUCCAGCCUGAAGAGGUCAUUCAGCCUACAGUUGCCACUUGUUGCCAAAACCUUCGGGGCUGGAGGGCUCGCCAGCGUUUAAUUUUUUUAAACGAAUUAUUUCCUCGCUAUUAUUGACACGAGUAUCUCGAUGUUAAAACAGGAAUACAUCCACAUCUGACUUUUGAAAAAGGGAUACUUUAGAACAGUUGCUUUAUAUCUGACAGGAGAAGCAUGGUUGACAACACCAGCAUAGCAACUAAAUCUGCUUUGCAAGCCGUGUUCACUUCGGCGAGCAACCAUCCUCUGCUGGUUCCAUCUUCCACCACCCACAGUCACUUCUCCGGGUCUCAGUCACACCACCAUCCGAGCGGCGGUGGAAUGAAGCUAGAGGCGGUCAUGGAAAACCUCCAGCGGCAGCAGGCUGCCCGCCUGGCUCUGGAAGAGAAGCUUCGUCUAGCAGAAAAAGACAAAGACAUCAGGUCUCUGAUGGAUUCACAAAUUCAGCAGCAAGCGUUGGCUUUCCGUCACUAUCAGGCAGCGGUGAGAGGUGCUUUCGCUGCCGGAGCACAACUCUCGUCUCCGGGGGCAAGUUCCAGUGACCGGCAACCUGCACACCCCGACCCGCACAGGCUUCCUGAAAGACCUAACGACGACUCCGACGUUGACGAUGACCUGGAGGGUGAUCGUGGCAUGGAAGAUGAAGACCGAGAUCUUGAUGACGAAGAUAUUGAUAACGAGGGGUUCGUAGAUGAUGAUAUAGAGAGACCCAUGCCCCACUAUCUCCCUCGGCACAGCAUGCAUUCUAAUGCGGGACAAUCACCAAAGCACUCCGGCGCCAGAGUCCAGCCGUCAUUCUCGGCCGCAAGGCAACCCGAGUCUCCCGGUGGAAUGGCUCAUGCACAAUCGCAGCACCAUGAGUGGACUUACGAAGAGCAAUUCAAACAGGAGUCAGGAAAAGCCAAUGGGCCAGAGAGGAAGCUGGGAAAUUCAGGCGUUGCUUUCGGUGGUGGUUCUUCAUCUCUCAUACAGGAGCUGUACGAGCUGGAUGAUGACGUGAAGAGAAAAGAGUUUCUCGACGACCUCUUCAGUUUUAUGCAGAAAAGAGGGACUCCAGUAAAUCGGAUUCCUAUCAUGGCCAAGCAGGUGUUGGACCUCUACACCCUCUACAAGCUUGUGACAGAAAAAGGCGGCUUAGUGGAAGUCAUCAAUAAGAAAAUAUGGCGAGAGAUCACCAAAGGCCUCAACCUUCCUACCUCCAUCACCAGUGCAGCUUUUACACUCAGAACACAGUAUAUGAAGUACCUCUAUCCCUACGAAUGUGAAAAGCGUGGUCUCAGCUCCCCCGGGGAGCUCCAGGCAGCUAUCGACAGCAACCGCCGCGAGGGCCGCCGCCAGAGCUACGGCUCGGCCCUCUUCAACUACUCGCCCGUGGGCACCCCCACCCUCAUGGCCUCGCCCAAACUCCAGAUGCCCCACAUCGCCAUGUCCACCCCCAACGGAGCCCACCUCUCCCAAAGCCAGGCCAUCAAGAAAGAGGAGUCCAUGCUCAACAGCUGCCUGAGCAGCCGCGUGGGCAUCCCUAUGUCCCUGGCCGGUCACCACGGGGCAGCCGUUCAGGCGGUGGCCGCCCAGGCCCAAGCGGCGGCAGCGCAGGCGGCUGCGGCCCAGGCUGCGGCGGCAGUGCAGGCGGCGGCGCUGGAGCAGCUGCGCGAGAAGCUGGAGUCGGGCGAGCCGCCGGAGAAGAAGAUGAUGCUGAUGGCCGAGGAGCAGCAGCGCCUCAUGCAGCACGCCCUGCAGCAGAACCUGCUGGCCAUGGCCACCCAGCUGCCCAUGAACAUCAAGCUCAACAACAGAGAUGAUAGACAAGAGACCGCAUUGAACCUGUCUACCAACGGCAUUAGCAGCAUCAACAUGUCAAUAGAAAUAAAUGGAGUUGUCUACACAGGGGUCCUGUUUGCCCGUAAGCCCUCCAUGCCCGUGAUCCCUGGGAGCCACCGAGGCAACCACCACCACAUCGCUCAGGGAAAGUCCAGCCCGGGAUUGUCCACGCACAUCCAGCCGUCCUCGUCCGCCUCCUCCACCUCAUCCUCGGCACACGGCAACGCAUCCCCCUGAGCAAGAGCAACCCCACCCCCACCUCUACUGACCAGCCCCAGACUGAUCUGUCUUGCCCAGUCCUGGUCCCCACCUGUCCCCUCUCCUCCCCCUGCCGCCUCCCCUCCCGUUGCAAAGACUCAGAGCAAAGCCGAGAACAGAAGAUAGAUCAUAAACAUGCAUUUAUCCAAUUUUAUUUUGUUGUUUUUGAAGGUGGCUUUCUUCUCUUUUAUAUAAAAAGUCCAUAAUUCAAAAGUGACAAGAUUGAAUGUUUAUUUAAAAAAAAAAAAAAAAGAAAGAUCUAUCUAACAAUAAAAAAGGAUACAUGUACAUACAUUGAAACCGAGAGAAUACAUAUUGUCCAACUCCAUUCAACCCUGAGCAACAGCUGCUGCAAUGCUUAGUGGGGCGUGUUGGGUCAGUAAUAACACGUAUGAAGUGAGUAUGUUUCCUCUCUCAAGAAUCGCACUGUUCUGUGGGGAGAAGCUUUAUCGUGUGGUUGUACCACAGUCACCCGGGACAGUGCAAUGACUGUGGAAAUGACAAUGGCACAAUUCUCUGGUGACAAAUAUCUGGGAAGGGAGGUUUUUUUCCUUGUUCUCUGCUGGCUUUGUUAUUUUUCUGUUGUGCUCUGGAAUCUCAUACCGUCAGCCUUGGCGUUCUUAUUUCACAUUUCUAAACAGGUUAGACGUGCAUUUGCACCAAAAUCACUGAGUCCCUCAGAACUUGCAGCUUAUACCAAAGAAGACUAGAAUGCCAUUGACAAGGUAGCCACGCUCAGCAUGGUCGUGGAAUUGAAACAAAUGUAGAAACGCACAGUUUUUUUUCUCUCAAAGCACUGCAGUAACUUAGAACAAGCCACCGAAGAAUCAGAGGUCGAUGGUAGUUCUGAGUGACAAAACGAGUGGUUUUGUACUUU